UUUGCAUACGGGCCCCGCCCCCGGACGCGGUCAGCGCUGGCGCCGCAGGAAAGUUUGCGCCGGGACCGGGAGCGGGAUGGACGCGCUCAAGUCGGCGGGUCGGGCCCUGCUGCGGAGCCCCAGCGUCCACAAACCCGCCUGGGCCGGCGGCCGACACAAGAAGCUCCCGGAGAAUUGGACCGAUACCCGUGAGACACUGCUGGAGGGGAUGCUCUUCAGCCUCAAAUACAUGGGCAUGACGCUGGUGGAGCAGCCCAAGGGAGAGGAGCUCUCUGCAGCCGCUGUCAAAAGGAUCGUGGCCACCGCAAAAGCGAGUGGAAAGAAACUGCAGAAAGUGACUCUGAAAGUCUCGCCCAGAGGGAUCGUUUUAAACGACAGUGGGACGAAUGAGCUGAUCGAGAACGUUUCCAUAUACAGGAUAUCCUACUGCACGGCAGACAAGAUCCACGAUAAAGUGUUUGCCUACAUUGCCCAGAACCAGCUCAAUGAGAACCUGGAGUGCCAUGCGUUCCUCUGUACCAAACGGAAAAUGGCACAAGCCGUCACCCUCACUGUAGCCCAGGCCUUCAAAAUCGCAUUCGAGUUCUGGCAAGCGGCUAAGGAAGAGAAGGAGAAGCGGGAAAGGUCUAUCUUGGAAGGAGAAGGGCCGAGCAGCCCCAGCUCGGAAGCCCCUGCCCGUCCGGACACUCCAGCAGCCACAGGGAACUUGCUGGAUUUAGAAGAUCCUGCCAAAUCAGCCCUGACCAGCAGCAUGAACCCCCUGCACUUAGAUAACAGCAUGUUUGGGCCCAGCUCCUCCGUAAAUAACAACGUGGUGUGGGAAAUGGAUGAUGGGCUCGACGAGGCGUUUUCAAGGCUGGCUCAGUCCAGAACGAACCCUCACGUCCUCGACACGGGGCUGACGGCUCAGGACAUCCAGAGCGCGGAGACGCUGUCACCUGGGGACUGGAACCAAAUAGAUUCCAGCGCGGGCGAGAAGGAUGAUCUGUUCAUGUUUUGAGGUCAAACGCAUCGAAGAGCUGACAAGAGAACAACCACUAAAAUCUGUGGGCUGAAUGGAGCUGUUUCGGGUGCUGUAUGCCGGGGACUCCUCCGAGCGCUCUUCACCAACUCAGAUGAUGUUACAGCACAGUUUAGACCAAAGCUUUAGAAAUCUAAUGCAGAUUUUUAUACCUUGCUUUUAUCUAAACCACAAGAUGCUCUUGAGCGUAUUUAUUCACAGCCAUUAUGGUUUACAUUUAUUAUUGGAAGGUGUGUAGAGCAUCUACAGGAUUAGGUGGCGAUAUACCAGGGAUGAACCUCCAGCAGUGCCUGUUCCUCUCUGCAAACAGACUGUGCAACACCAAAGGCGCUCUGCGUGGCCUUUUCUAGACAAAGGUCUGCAGAUGCAAAUGCAAUUGCAAGCACAGCUGUUGCUAAUCCGCUGGGUUGUGAACCGCUCCGCGGCGGAGGGGAGAUCCGCAGCGUUAGAACCCAGGAGGUAGCAGAGGUCUUGCUUUUGUUGUGAAUGUCUGUGAUACUCUCACAGUUGUCAGUCACCCCGGCGGGUUCUGGCUGCUGCUUCACCAGCUUCAUACGGGAAUUGACCUUUUAUUUCAACCCAAAGACUCUAUAUUGCACUUUAAAACUUGAACUGAAAGCAAUGGUCCGAAUUGUCAAGGUAAGCAGUGCCUGUAACUUCUCUUCAGAAGCUAUUUACCCAAAAAAAACCCAAACCAGCAAUGCUGCAGGGCUGAUUCCGAGCUGGUCGCUCGCUGAUGGACUCGGAAUAUUAAGGCUGCGUUGGCUUUAGAAGCAAAACCACCGGGGAUUUACCAUUUGUUGUUGGAAGUUGGGGGAACUCAAUAGAUCCGUGUUCUUCACACUGCUGAGCGGGUUGGGCCGUUCGUGCCUUUUUAUUGUCUCAAAACUGAUUGUUGUUCGCUCAAUAGACUCCAGUGGAAUUGGAUUAGGCAAGACCAAUCACUGGGUGUUUAAUUAGCGAGAGGUGCCCCAUCCAGCAGCACCCCGAUCGUCUUCCCCCCGGGAGCCCGGGGACACUGUUUUCAUCAGGAAUUGAACAUAAAUAAUGGAGGUAUAAAGCUUAUGCUAAUUAAAAGAUUAAGUUUAAUGAUCCUAAAUAGUUGCAGUGACAGUUCGCAGUGUUUGCGGCCUUAUGUGAAGUAUACUAAUCUGUUUUAUAGAUUUGUAACUUGGUUUUGAAACACUAAUUCAUUCCCCGGGUAGCUCUUUGUAACUCUUAAAAAAAAGAGAAAAUAAAAAGGAAAACCCUUUUUGUGGGCUGUAAGGAUUUAUUAGCAAACAGCUGAGUGACUCUUAACUUAGAUUUGAUUUGUUUUAUCCUGAGUGUUAUUGUGAUAAGGUAUCGAGGACUCGCGAAGCUGACUCGUCGUGUCUCUGAACAAGACGUGCGCUCUGUUUAUCCUGCAAAAUGGUGUUUAAAGCAAUUUGACAUCUCGAAACGACGGUGCCCAUGACUGACUUGAUUUUGUGUGUAGCUUCGUUCUCUGGUGAUUGAAGGAAUCACUCAAAUCUUGUCCGUGCUGCAGAGACAUGAACCCAUUGCCCGAGCAAUUCUAGAGACUCUAGGAGCAUAUACCAAAAUGCACAGUACUAUAUAUGUAUGUAUAUAGUUUUUUAAGAAAACCUUCUGCUGUAAAGUUUAUCUGUACUGAGGAAAAUAAAACUUCUACCGUUUUUUGGA